AUGGCCGCCAACGAGGCGCCCGCCGCCGUAGGCCGCUGCUUCGUCUGCCUGACCGACCAAGACGAGUCCGCGGGCGAGGAAUGGGUCCACCCCUGCCCGUGCUCGCUCGAGGGCCACCAGGACUGCAUGAUGCACUGGCUCGCCGAGCUCGAGCGCGAGAACAAGCCCUUCCAGUGCCCCGUCUGCAAGGCCGCCAUCUCCGUCGACGAGCCCUUCGACCCGGCCGUCGCCGUCGGCAACCGCCUCCACCAGGCCUUCAGCCGACUGUCGCCGCCGCUGCUCGGCACGGGCCUCGCCAUCGGCACGUGGCUCGGCCUCGCGACCUACGGCGACGUCGCGCUCCACAUCUUCGCCGGCCCCGAGGCGCGGUUUCGCUUCCUCAACGACCCGAGGCAGGAGCACGGCGCGCGGCUCGGGCGCUAUCUCGGGCUGGGCGCCGUUGCGCCGACGUUGAUCCUCUCGCACUCGAUUCCCGGGUUGGGCAACGUCAUUUUCCUGCCGCUGGCUGCGCUGUUUGGAACCUUUCACAUGGCCCGCGACGAGCACUUCUUCUCCUGGCCGCCCUCGCCCGAACUGGUCUGCACGGCCUUUCCCUACGUGCGCGCCAUGUACAGAAACCUGUGGCGCGAGUUUAUUCGCCCCUACGAGAACAAGCUCGACAGGAGGAUAGCCGGGCUGCCGGAGCCGGAGCCGCGGCCGGAUCAGGGGCAGCGGAACGGUGGGCAUCAUCAUCACGACCAUCAUGAUCACGAUCACGACGACGAAGGCGGCAUCGCGGGCAUGCUGGACGCGGCGAUCAACCUGCUUGACAUCCCCGAGGUGAAUGUUGAACUUCAGGUCGAAGAGCAGAUUGUUCACGUCGGCGACGACGAUCCUCGGCUGGGCCAAGAGGGGUUCCGGGUAGAGAUUCACGAGGACGUCGAGUUUGACAUGCCGGCCGACGGUGAGCAGAUUCCGGACCUCAUCGCCGCAGGAGAACAACGACACGACGAACACGAGGCCGCGCCUGCACCGAGGGUGGCGGGCGCAGCAGCAGCGCCUCCGCCAAUGAACGAUCAGCGGCAGUGGAACUUACACGCGAGUCUUCGUGAUGUGGCCAACGCCCUUGCCAGCGCGCUUCUCCUGCCGGCCAUCUCGUCGGGGGCCGGCGAGCUCCUCCAGCUGCUGCUGCCGAAGCACCUGACGACGCUGAGCGGCAAGUCGUUUGGGCGUCCUGGGCUGCUGCAGCAGACGUGGGGCAGGAGCUUGGUGGGCGGGUGCAUGUACUUGGUGCUGAGGGAUGCUUUCAAGCUGUACACAAAGUACAGGAGGGCGGUCAACAGGCCGCUCCGAAAGGUGCGAAAUGUAGACAGGAAGAGGCCGGGAUCGUUGUGA